CCAUUUUGGUUUUGUUCCCGUCUGCAGUCGCAAAGCCAGCAACGCAAUUGCAUAGGAAGAGACUUUCGGCUCAACGGCAUAGUGACUCGACAAUAUAGCGCCGACCAUCCUUUUCCCACACCACCCUUUCUUUUUUGGUACCGACCGUCGAAUUUGCAUUCAUCGUUAUCGCUGACAUCUACACAUUGCGGGAGAGGAGCGGGUUCGCGUAGGGAAGGGAACGGGAAGAAAUAUUGAUGUCCAGCUCGCCGCUGUCCAAGAAGCGUCGCUUGUCAGGAACAGAGACGAAGACGGGAUCCCACUGCUCCUCCUCUAACUCUGUCAGAACUGAUCUGUCCCAUACACCUGCAAACGGCAUGGCUAAGAAUGGCAAUGAUGCUGAGAUUGAUGAAGGCCUGUACUCCAGACAACUAUAUGUGCUGGGCCAUGAAGCAAUGAAGCGCAUGCAGAACUCCAAUGUCCUCAUUUCUGGAAUGAGAGGACUUGGAGUAGAGAUCGCAAAGAAUGUCAUCUUGGGAGGAGUUCGAAGUGUCACUGUGCAUGACCAAGGAGAUGCAGAAUGGCGAGAUCUCUCUUCCCAGUUUUACCUUCGUGAAGAGGACCUGGGAAAGAACAGAGCCGAGGUGAGUCAGCCUCGUUUGGCUGAACUCAACAACUACGUUCCUGUGACAGCGUAUACUGGAGCGCUCACCGAGGACUACCUUACCAAGUUCCAGGUGGUGGUGCUUACUAACUCCAACCUAGAUGAGCAGAAGCAUUUGGGAGACUUGUGCCACAGCAAAGGAGUCAAGCUGGUUGUUGCAGACACGCGUGGUCUGUUUGGCCAACUUUUCUGUGACUUUGGAGAGGAGAUGAUAGUGUAUGACACCAACGGAGAGCAGCCACUGAGUGCAAUGAUUUCCAUGAUCACCAAGGACAAUCCAGGUGUGGUAACUUGUCUUGACGAGGCUCGCCAUGGCUUUGAAAGUGGAGAUUAUGUGACCUUCACUGAGAUUCAGGGCAUGACGGAUCUAAAUGGCUGCCAGCCCGUGGAGAUUAAAGUUCUCGGCCCGUACACUUUCAGUAUCUGCGACACAACCGGCUUUUCAGAUUAUGUCAGAGGAGGAAUCGUCUCUCAGGUUAAGAUGCCCAAGAAGAUCAGUUUUAAAUCCUUGUCGUCCUCCAUGGCAGAACCAGACUUCAUGAUGACAGAUUUUGCCAAGUUCGAUCGUCCCGGACAACUACACAUAGGCUUUCAGGCCAUCCAUGCUUUCAAGCAGAAGCACAAUCGCCUCCCUACACCUUGGAGCCAGGCUGAUGGUGAGGAGCUGUUGACUCUGGCCAAAGAACUGAACUCUGCCCAGACAGGGUCAGCCAAAGUGGAGCAGCUGGAUGAGGCUCUUAUCAAAAAGAUGUCUUAUCUUGCUGCUGGUGAUCUUUCCCCCAUCAAUGCCUUCAUUGGUGGAGUGGCUGCACAGGAAGUGAUGAAGGCAUCCACAGGGAAAUUUAUGCCUGUAAUGCAGUGGUUGUACUUUGAUGCGCUGGAGUGCCUUUCUGAAGGAGAAGAGGUUAUGCUCACAGAGGAAGAGUGCAGCCCUAGGAAUUGUCGGUACGACGGGCAGAUUGCAGUGUUCGGCAGUAAACUGCAGAAAAUCCUUGCCGACCAGCGCUACUUCCUGGUUGGAGCCGGAGCCAUCGGCUGCGAAUUGUUGAAAAACUUUGCCAUGAUUGGUCUGGCCAGUGAGGAGGGUGAGGUUAUCGUGACUGACAUGGACACCAUAGAGAAAUCCAACCUCAACAGACAGUUUCUCUUCAGACCCUCUGAUGUCACGAAAAUGAAGAGUGACACAGCUGCUGCUGCAGUGAAGCAGAUGAACCCCUCCUUCAAGAUCACGGCUCAUCAGAACAGAGUUGGUCCGGAGACGGAGAGGGUCUACGAUGACGACUUCUUCGAAAGUCUAAAUGGGGUCGCUAAUGCACUGGACAAUGUCGAUGCACGUAUGUACAUGGAUCGGCGGUGUGUUUACUAUCGGAAACCCCUGCUGGAGUCGGGUACUUUGGGCACGAAAGGAAACAUCCAGGUCGUGAUCCCCUUUGUCACAGAGUCGUACAGCUCCAGCCAAGACCCGCCUGAGAAGUCCAUCCCUAUCUGUACCCUGAAGAACUUUCCAAAUGCAAUUGAACACACACUGCAGUGGGCCCGAGACGAGUUUGAGGGGCUCUUCAAACAGGCACCAGAAAAUGCCAUGCAGUACCUCACAGAUUCUAAGUUCAUGGAGCGAACUCUGAAGCUUCCAGGAGCUCAGCCUGUCGAGGUGCUGGACGCCGUGUACAAGAGUGUUGUUACAGACUGCCCGCACAGCUGGGCUGACUGCGUGGCCUGGGCUCGCAAUCACUGGCAGUGCCAGUACAGCAACAACAUCCGUCAGCUAUUGCACAACUUCCCCCCAGAUCAGCUCACCAGCUCAGGCGCCCCCUUCUGGUCUGGUCCAAAGAGAUGUCCUCACCCCUUAGAUUUCAGCACGAGCAAUGACCUCCACGUGGAUUAUGUAUUGGCAGCUGCAAACCUGUUCGCCCAGACGUAUGGCCUGCCAGGCAGCACUGACCGAGCAGGUGUGGUCAAGAUCUUGCAGGAUGUCAAAGUGCCAACUUUUACCCCUCGCUCCGGGGUUAAAAUCCACGUCUCUGAUCAGGAGCUGCAAAAUAGCAAUUCCUCUGUUGAUGACUCCAAACUGGAAGAACUGAAGUCUCAGCUGCCUACGCCAGAGUCGUUCCGGUUCAAACUCAGCCCCAUCGACUUUGAAAAGGAUGACGAUGCAAACUUUCACAUGGAUUUCAUCGUGGCAGCCUCCAAUCUGAGAGCGGAGAACUACGACAUUCCACCUGCCGACAGGCACAAGAGCAAACUGAUUGCUGGCAAGAUCAUUCCUGCCAUCGCCACGACUACAGCUGCAGUGGUUGGCUUGGUGUGCUUGGAGCUCUUCAAGAUCAUCCAAGGGCAUAAAAAACUGGAUUCGUUCAAAAAUGGCUUCAUGAACUUAGCCCUACCUUUCUUUGCCUUCUCUGAGCCCAUCGCCGCUCCCAGACACAAGUACUACGAGAUCGACUGGACUCUCUGGGAUCGCUUCGAGGUCAAAGGGCUGCAGUCCAACGGGGAAGAAAUGACACUCCGACAAUUCCUUGACUACUUUAAAAAUGAGCAUAAGUUGGAGAUCACCAUGCUAUCUCAGGGAGUGUCCAUGCUGUAUUCAUUUUUCAUGCCUGCUGCCAAACUUAAAGAGAGACUGGACCUACCAAUGACUGAGAUUGUGACUAAGGUGUCCAAAAAGAAGCUGGGCAAACACGUGAAGGCCCUGGUGUUUGAGCUGUGCUGUAACGACCUGUCUGAUGAAGACGUGGAAGUGCCCUAUGUCAGAUACACCAUCCGCUGAGCUCCAAACUGAGCCCACCCACCAGA